AUCUCUUCUUUGAAACGCAUGAUCAGUUUCGCAGAUGUAACCGCCAAAGCGCCCAACCGUUUCGUUCGUUAUACCUCUUCAGUCUUCAUUCUUCCCGCCCGCGGACCUUUUGUCCCGGCAGACCAGUGCGCCGGCCGUGCUGCGCAGCUACGUCACUGGGAACCAAUCAGCGGCCGCUAAGGUCACGUGACAGCGGCAAGAAAACUCAAUACCAUAGAAAGCAGUUUGGAGUUUGACCCGCAGUUGCGCUGUUCAUUGUACUGGAAUUGCCGCGAGAGGGGAGUGGUUGUGCUGCGAAUAGUGUCAUCCGGUGUCUGUGUUUUGGCUGUUGGACUUUUCGUUAAAUCAAACAAGUAAUUCCAGAAUGGCAUCAAACAGGGCAACGAAAUCUGGUUUGGCGGCGGAUGCCUACAAAAAGAUCCAAAGCAAGUACAGCGAGGAGCUGGCGCAGGAGUGUCUGGAGUGGAUCCGCGAGAUCACGCAGAAGGACAUCAACACCUCCGGUGAUCCGGACAACUUCUACGAGCUGCUGAAGGAUGGCACAUUGCUCUGCACGCUGGCGAACUCUAUCCAGAGCGACAUGGUGACCAAGGUGAACACCAGCACCAUGGCGUUCAAGUGCAUGGAGAACAUCAACAAGUUCCUGGAGGCGGCCAUGAAGCUGGGCGUGCCCGCACAGGAGACCUUCCAGACGGUCGACCUGUGGGAGAGGCAGAACCUGAACGCGGUGGUCAUCUGCCUGCAGUCGCUGGGCCGCAAGGCGGGCAACUACGGCAAGCCGAGCAUCGGGCCGAAGGAGGCGGAGAAGAAUGUGCGCAACUUCACGGACGAGCAGCUGAGGGCCGGCCAAGGCGUGAUCAGCCUGCAGUACGGCAGCAACAAGGGGGCCACCCAGAGCGGCAUAAACUUCGGCAACACCCGCCACAUGUAGGCGCCUCGCCCCCCCGGUCCUGCCCGAAGCUCGCACUCACACCUCUACAUGACAACUGCCUGAACUGGAAGGAAAGCAGGCUUUCACUUGCUCGGCUUUUGGGUAAAAAACUGCUUCGAAUGGGCACACAUGCAUUUACAGCCUGAAGGUGGAUAGUGUCCAGAAGCUGAGUGAUCGUUUGAUCUAGGCAUGUCUUAUUUACAAGACGUAGAAUUGCCUAGUGUGUGAAACCAACCUAAAUGCUUUGAAAAAAAUUAAGAAAUCUAGUCAUUUCAUUAAUUUUACUGAUUUCUUUUUUUAUCUUGGAAAUUUUGAGAAAUGAAUGAAUGUUUUUUUUUUCCUGUUAAAAUUGAACUAGUGUUAUUACACUGGUGUUAAAUGUAGACAUUCAAAUUAAUUUUACCAGAUAAGUGAUUAUAACACUAUUUAUUUGAAAGUAACACAAUACUUGAAUUAAGACUAAUUAAAGUAACCAAACUUUAGGUUGAAUCAGUUAAUAUUCAGGUGCAUGGUGUGUUCAUGUGUGAUGGAGUCACAAGUGUCCUAGCGAGCUGCUUGGGUGGAACACCAGCUCAGAGACUGUUGAAUACUUGCAACGAUGUGCGGGAGUCAAUAUUUAAUAAUACUGCACAAACUUGUUAUUGUGCCAAUGUUUCUGUAGCGUAUGGCGGCAAGCCCCAUUCUUGGCAGAGUGGCGGUGAGAUUAAUUAUAAUUAGACUAACUAUAAGUAAUGUUUUGUACAAAAAAAAAGGUUCUACUGUUGCUGUUGAUAAUUAAUUACCUUCCUGAAAAUGAACUUCCAUCGAAUUAAACUUUUUGUCUUGAUUCCUUCGCGCACCUUUCUGGCUCGUGAGUUCUUCCUGUUAUCUAUUUCCUGUCCAGAAGUCUAUGUAACAUGAUCAUGGUCCUUGUGUUUGUGAAAAUUUUGUGUGUAUAUUUUGUAACUUACAUCUUGUUAUAAAGACCAUUGUCUAGAAUGUUUAGAAAGAAAAAAAAAAAAACUAUUUUACUAGUUAAAAAUUGUGCCCUUCUUAUUUGUUUUAUCUAUAAUUGUAAUUAAAGGGUAUAAAAACUGA